CCACUGCCAACUUCUCAGCGUUCUUGUGCUGUGACCUUUUUUUAGCCUUUUUCAAAAUCCCCUCCAUUUUCUGAGCGAGACUGAUUAAUCCCAUAGUUUAAUUAUAGGAUUCGCCCAUCCCGAACGUACAUUCUUCUAGUCAAGUCUUCAGACCUCAGUCUCGGUCGUAGUGAAAAAAAAAAAGAUACUGUAAAGUACCUUUUAGAACCCCAAUUUAAGCUCUCUACUGCAAUGGUGAUUUUAUAGAACGCAAGCUAGAGAGAGAGAGAGAGAGAGAGAGAGAGAGAGAAGAAGAAGUAAGAAGCUUAAGAAGAGUUUGAGAGACUGAUUAGAGAAGCUGGGACAGGCGACACUCGGCAAGCCCUGAAGUUGCCUUUUGUUUUGUCUUCUUCUCCUUCCUCCUCCAAGUCUCACCUUUGCAGAAGCCUUAAUUUAAUAACCCAUUACUCUCUCUCUCCUCUCCAGGUUUUUCCGAUUCUAUCAAAGAACAGAAAGCAAAUAAAAUCAAAUCUCUAAUUUCUGAUCUUUCUCUUACUAUAUCUUCUUUUCUGUUUUUAAUUCAUUGAAUUCUUUGUCUCUGUCUUUCAAUGUCAUACGAUCUUUUCCUCUUAGACGGUUCUUUCUUUCGUAGUCCAAGCUCUGAUAUCAUCUCCUCUGAUGUCGACUUGCAGUUACUAUCUGAACCCUUUUUGCCUUUCCCUCACCCAUCAUCAUCCCCAACUGAAAUCCUCCAUGGUUUCUCUGACCAACCAAAUGGGUUUCACCAAUUCCCAACCGAAACUGAAAUCUGCUCCUCUACUGAUCAAACUGCCGUAAAUCUCUUUUCUUGUUCUCCUCCCAGCCAAAAAUUGAGUAACUUGUUUCUAGGACCAACGACCCAGGCUCAAUCUCAACUUACCGAACUCAAUUCUGCUGAUGGGCUCUCAUGUUUAUCUGGUUUGGAUAUGGAUACAUUUGGGUUGAUGCCAGAAGGUUUUUAUGUCAAUCUUGAAUCUUCUCUUCUUUCUAACAGUUAUAGUAAUAACGAUGUUCAGAAGGACCCAGCUGGAAUGUUGCAGAGGAGCAUCAGUAGCCAAUCUCUGGAUCAAAGACCCGGUUUUUCCUACCAUCCUCGCAUCAGUUCUUUAAUGGAAUCCCCAAGACUCCCAAUUCAAGUUGUGGUUCCACCUGAGAACACUAAUUGUAACGUGCCCAUGAGAAGGACUUGCAGCACAGGCGAUUUACAUAGAAUGACACAAACACAUUUGAAUCAUGGAUUUGCUUCCAACCCGUUAUCUGUAGAUAGCACAAUCACGGAAGAAACCAGUUUCAAAGUAGGAAGAUACAGCCCAGAAGAGAGGAAACUUCGAAUUCAUAGGUACAGAAGCAAGCGAACACAGAGAAAUUUCAACAAGACAAUAAAGUAUGCAUGUCGGAAGACGCUGGCCGACAGUAGACCAAGAGUACGUGGCAGAUUCGCUCGCAACGAAGAUAGUGGAGAGAUUCCCAAACUUUCAGGUUUAAACCGUGAGGAAGAAGACGAAGAUGAUCUUUGGGUCGAUGGGUUCCAGGAGGAAGACGAAGAUGCAAUGAUGAGAGCAGCAAUAGUGGGAGGAGGAGAAGGAAGGUUUAAUGGCAGCUUCAAUCCUACUGAGUUUCAAUACUGCGAGUUCUGAGGAAGCUCAUGGGGUUCUCUGUUUCUCUUUCUUCUUUCUUUUUGGUCUUCGCGAUCCCUAGUGCUGUUGGAGCGAUGGAGACGCGACGCUCUAAUAAUUGGCCGAUUCGCGACUCGGGUUAGGGACUUUUUUGUUAUUUUUAUUUUUUUUGAAUAACAGAUGGAAAUAAUCAAAUAAUGAUGAGGUGCGAGGAGCCGAUUGUAUUUUCAAUUUCUCACAUAUGCCCAUUUUGUUGGGGGUAAUACUGUAAUACUAACAGCUAAUAAAAUUAAGGGAAAAACUUCCCCCAAUGUUAAGAGUGCAGUUUUCCU